ACUACACUGCACACCACUCCCGGCCUCCACCCUACCCCGCGAGGCCAUUUCCCGCUUGGACUUUCCAUGCCUCACCCUGAUUCCCUUUCCUUCUCCACUGCAAAUUGCUAUGCCAAUAAAGUGGCCCUGGAUUGGAUCCAUUGGAGUUGGCACAGAAACACAUGCAAUCAGUGUGUGAGUGCGUAAGUGCAACAAGAGGACACCACGCCCUUCCCCCUUAUAUAUACCCCCAUCUCAGCUCAGAUCACCCACACGCACUUCCUCGAUCAGCCCUGCUUCGCGGUUACCUCUUACCUGCUUGCUAGCUCCAAACAGAUAGAUCGACACACCAACAUACAACCCCCGGCUGGCCCUUCACAUCAGUCUACCCAACAGGCUCAGGCAGGUGAAGAAGCUGCUAAUAGCUAAGCUAGCCCCCCUGCUACUAGUAGUGUGCCUUGCACCAAACACUUGCUAACCUCUCCAGUCUCCAAUGAGAAGGCACGGCGGCAGCGAGGCCUCCCCUUCCAUCAUCCACACGUCUUCCAUAGCUCUCCUCCAAGAGAGGUUCAGAAACCUGCAGAAGGUGAAGGAGAUGAGAGAAGGAAGGGCGUUGCAGAGGGUGCACACUACUGAUACCGACCGCACCGGUUCGUCGUCGUCCCUGUCGUCGGCUCUCAGCCUUGGUCUCCAAGCCGCCAACAGCAACGAGCAGCCGAGGUGGUUCUUGCACCCGGACUUGAUCCGUCCGUCUAGGCCGCUGCGCGGACCUGCGUACUACCAUGGGCUUGGCGCCAACGGUGUCCAGACGUCGCCGCCACCGGCGAGCUCAUGGGGAGGAAUGCAGAAUUCAGGCUAUAGGGCUGAUGUAGAUGUCGAUACCUCGCUUCAUCUGUAAUCUGCUAUAAGCACGUAUGGCCUUGCUGUUCUUUCGUUAUUUUGUAUGGCAUGUCAGUUCCGGUCUUAUUUGCAGUACUUCUGUCGGCCUUGUAACUUCUUGGGUAUUUUGCUAUAUAUGAGGCUUCCUAGAUAUA